AAAAAACCUAUGUUGCUCUGGUAGUAUGAUACACCUGCUCAGAUAACUAAUAAUGAUUUUUAUAAUAAUCAUUUUAGCUGGAGUCAUUGUUAAGUUCGCUCUACAAAUCCAGACCUUCUUGAGUCUUUUUCCUCACUGAAAUACGGAAGACUAAUGAAUAUUAUACUAUAAACGAGGUUGAUUCGUCUGCCGAUGUGAAGAAUAGAUUCGAGUAAUCCAGUAAAUACAUAUCAUUAAGUAUAUACAGAGAGCAUGUGUUUGUGAGGACUACGUGCAUUUUAAAUUGGCCGGAUUUUGAAUAGAAGUUGGCGCAAAAGGAAGCGAAGUCUCUUGGUCAUCACAAUGCGCGUGUGGUAGCUGGUGAAGUGCGCGGUUCAACAGUUUUGCGCAUUAUUCUGGGUUAGUGGGCUUUGCUGAAGCAGCUGGAGCUCUGUGGCGAUGAUACUGACUGAUGAAUAUUUCUGAUCUUUAAGUUGAGCGGGACGUGCGCGUCAAGCUAGCUCAUUUAAAGGCUGCUGUAGCAUACUUGCUAGCUAACUCAGCUAGCUUAGUAACUUCCUAGCUGACUGCAGAGUUGGAAUUCAUGUUUUCUUUGCUUCGACUGAGGUGGAGGUUUGAAUAUGGCACAUAGGAAAGAAGUGUUCCAGUCAAAAGUUCUCCAGAAGCUUUACCCUGCCAUCCAAGAGGUGGUGACGGAACAGAGCCCACCACAUAUUGUAGAAGCUCUAGGCAAAAAGAAACCUCUGAAAAGCAAAGCUCGUGGAGAGGGCGCGGCCUCAGGGGCUGCAGUGAAGAGACAGAGUGCAGCUAAACCAGGCAGGCGGAUCUACACGGUCCUUCCUCCUCCUGCAGACUAUGAUAUACAUUCAGAGGAAUCUGUCUCACUACAGCAGCUAAAAAGCAUAAAUAGCGUGGAGGAACCAGCUGAGGGGAACAACCACGAGAGCGACGAAGUGCUGGAUGAAGAGCAAGAGGCAGAGGAACAAUGGAGGAGGAGGAGGAAAAGGAAGAAGAAAGGAACCAUUUGUCAAGACUCUGGGAAUGACGAGGCAACUCCGGGGAGCGAGUCCUGCACAGGUCAGAGUCAGACGGCGGUGGAUGAGGGGGCUGAGCGAAUUAGCAGGAACAAGAAGCGAAAGCUGAAGAAGAAACGGCACAAACAGAAGCUGCUCUCCAUGGGUCUGAUGCCUCGGGCCGCUGCGCUGGAGUUCACGUAUCAAAAAGAUGGAGAGGAGGAGGAGGGGCAGGAGGAAGACGAGAGGAGAGCAGCUGAGGUGUCAGACUUCCUGAGGACAACGAUGGAAAUGUAUUUGUCAGAUUCUUCGUCGCAUGCUUCCACGAUCCCUGACCUGUCUGCUACAGUGGACGGCCUUCUGGGCGGCAUAGACGGCGGAAGCAAACCUAACUCAGUCCUGAAGCAGCUGUACAGUCUCAAGACGUUUGUUCAGCAAACAAAUACAGACAAGCUAGAAAAAGCUCUGAAGGACCUCUGCAGCAACUCCUCCUGCAUGUCUGCAGAGGAAACCGCGGCAGUCGUUACACUCUUCCAGUACUGGAUCACAGACAUUCUUCCCAUGCAGGGCGACAAGAAGACUCGUGCUUUCUCCAACACACCCACGAGACUGCCAGUCUAACAGACGCAGAGACACUACUGAAGAAUUGUUUCUACCAAGAUUUUUCUUUUUGCUCAUACACAGCAUUUGUAAACGAUGGACUUCCUUUCAAUGCAUAAAAUGUUUUAUUAAAUUCUAAAUAUGUCA